AUGUACAACCAAACGGACAAGUCUUACUAUGCUGCACAUUUUGCGCCAUACAAAUCGAGUGGAUCUGGAGGCAUAGUAAUGCUAGGAGCGGGUUUGACUGGUGAGGACCUAGCCGCGGUGCCUGAACACUGGUUGUCUUUCCCGGCGCCCCCAACCAGCGCGCAUACUGCACUUGCAUUACUUUACACUUUCUUCACAGCUGCCUCACUUUUGGGAAAUGGAUUAGUAAUCUUCAUAUUUUCUACGACUAAAAGCUUACGCACAUCAAGUAAUCUGUUGAUCCUCCAACUUUCAAUUUGCGACUUUAUAAUGAUGGCGAAAGCUCCUAUUUUUAUAUACAAUAGCGCCAUGCGAGGUUUUGCAACUGGAACCAUCGGUUGUCAGAUAUUCGCGGUAAUGGGCGCAUACAGCGGCAUUGGCGCAUCAAUGACCAACGCCUGCAUAGCGUAUGACAGACACUCGACAAUUACCCGACCCUUAGAUGGACGACUAUCCAGAGGCAAAGUUCUGCUGAUGAUAGCUUUUGUCUGGAUAUACAGCACGCCAUGGGCACUUUUACCGUUAUUCAAUAUUUGGGGCAGAUUUGUACCUGAGGGGUACUUAACGUCCUGCACAUUCGACUACUUGACUAAUACCUUCGACACCAAAUUGUUCGUGGCGUGCAUUUUCACAUGCAGCUACGUUUUUCCUAUGUCCAUGAUUAUUUACUUCUACAGUGGUAUUGUAAAACAAGUAUUUGCUCAUGAAGCUGCUUUAAGAGAACAAGCUAAGAAGAUGAAUGUAGAAUCUCUUCGUUCCAACCAAAAUACUGCUGCAGAAUCAGCUGAAAUACGAAUAGCCAAGGCAGCGCUCACCGUGUGCUUUCUGUUCGUCGCGUCUUGGACUCCGUACGGUGUAAUGGCUCUGAUUGGAGCUUUUGGGGACCAACAACUUCUGACACCCGGGGUCACAAUGAUACCCGCUGUUGCCUGCAAAACUGUUGCGUGCAUAGAUCCUUGGGUUUAUGCAAUUAGUCAUCCAAAGUAUCGACAAGAACUUCAACGGCGAAUGCCUUGGCUCCAGAUCCGUGAACCGGACGAUACUGCAUCUACUGCAACCAGUAACACAGUGGGCGGACCUCCUUCCGCCACCCCGGCCUAA